AUGGAAGAUAAAGAAGUAAUUUCGCAAGCAUCUUCAGAAUCCGAAACAGAAAAUGAAAAUCUAAACCAUUCCUCCCGUAUGUUCAAAGACAUUCAGCAAUGGAUACCUUUAAAUGAAGCAUAUGGAAGAUGA